CAAUAAUUUCAUAGUUUAUUAUUAAACGAUGAUUCCUCUCUUCAGGCUUCGCGUUAAUAUUAUACAGAGUGAUUUUUUAUGCAUGGGUACUAACCCCGUUUUUUUACUUCAAUUAUACAUAUUAUAAUCAAAUUUUCGGAUUUUUUAAAUACGCUUGAAGAUUUUUGAAUACUUGAGAUUUUUUACCAUUUAAGAACGAUGUUGUUACAAUACAAACUACUGUUUUUCAACUUGGUAAAAUGGCGUCUUCACAAGGAAAAUAUAUGCCCAAAGAAACUCAAAUAAUUGUGUCGAUUAUGAAAGAUUUGGGUAUUGUUGAGUACGAACCACAAGUUUUAAACCAGCUCUUGGAGUUUAACCACAGAUACACAACGCUACUGUUGGAUGAUGCUAAGAAAUUUUCAAACUUUGCGAAAAAGAAGGAUGUUGAUGAAGACGAUGUGAAAAUUGCAAUACAAAUGGCGCAAGACGGAAUAUUUUGUCGACCUCCUCAACGCGAUGUUUUAAUGACAGCAAGUCGUGAAAUAAACAAAAUACCAUUACCUCCAAUAACGCCUGCCAUUGGACUGCGAAUUCCUCAAAACGGUCCAAAUUUCUUACAAACAAACUACAAGCUUAGCAAUGAUUUGUAUUCUAUAGGAAAUAUCCGUAAGGACACUAAAAUAACAGCUGCAGAAUUGUUGGAGGCGUCUAGAAACUUAGAAAUCGAAGAUAAUCUCUUCCAGCAAUUUACAUGCAAUUUAGAUACAUCUGUUUCGGACAUACCAACUAGUCAAAUGAUGAACAAUUCUAUGGAGUUCUAUUUACGAGAAAAUCGUCAAACCAGUGAAGAUAGCAUUGGAGAAAAUUAUAAGAUGAACUUAUGAAUGCUCAGAGAUAUUAAAACCGUUCAUACUCUGAUAUUGCACACAAUGUUACUGUCGAAAAACAACUUAGUGAUAUGUAAUUUAUCAGGGAUAA